AUGCUAUUUACAAUUACUUUAUUUCCAUUACUGCAGUUGGAACAAACAGACACAGAAGCAACAAGUACUGUAGCACCCAACCCACCAGAUUAUGAUGUCACAACUGUUUCUAUGACAUCACAAACAGUGGAGAACCCUGAAGAUGUUGCGGCAUUUGAGCAAAAGAUGAGUGCAGCCGUCGCCCAGUCCCUUCCAUCAUACGAACAAGCCACCAGUCUACCAACGUAUGAAGACACACAGAGACAGAAGGAGAAUGAAGCAAGACAGGAGAUGCUCAACAUAUUCUUCAACUUUGAUGCUGAUACGGACAACGAUGAGAUUUACCUUGAUGGUUACGUGGUCGGCAACGACUGCAUGUUCAUGCUGGCCUUCUUACUCGCCUUCUUCUUUAACUGGCUCGGAUUUUUUAUCGGUUAUUGUAUUUUACUCAAUCUAUCAGGGAGAUACGGAGCAAUGUCUGGGUUCGGGUUAUCCGUCGUCAACUGGCUUAUGUACCUCAAGUACACCCACCAAGACCAGCGUUACUUUCAUGAUGAAAAACUUUUCAUGUGGUGGUUCUUCUUUCUUAUUGCUGUCGUUUUAUUCAUGAAGGGAAUUCUAAACUGGAUGAAAGUUCGAAAAAUGCGGAACUUGUCACCGGAGCAGCGACAAAGCGCCAGACUGUUCUUUUACUAAAAGCCCCAACGUUACAGCUUAUUAUAAAUACUUUAAUAGUACCAAUCUAGAAAUGGUAAAUAAGCAGGCUGCUUGGAAUUAAAAUGAUAAUUUAAGAUUAAAUUUAUGCUAAAGCUAUUUAAUUGUAAAUAUAUCAUUGAUCUGUGAUGUAAUAGGUAUGACUCAUUUACUCGCUUCAAAAUAAGGUCUUUAUGUUAAUUUUACCCAGAAAUCAUGUUUUUGAUACAAGUUUUAAAUGUUAGAUUAUCUGAGCAGAAAUAGAAUAUAAUUUAAUGUUGUGUAUUUAUUUUAAGAUUAAUCUUUAAAAGUGUUCAUUGUACUUAAAGUAGAAACUGCGUCAUCUUUGUUACGAAUGUAUAGAAGUUAUUGUUCAUUGUACAGUAUUACUGCAUACGGGUGCAAUUAAUUGCCCACAAGUAUUUUGCUUUGUUCAACAAUAAUGGUGACUUUUAACCCAAUUUAAAUCUCCUGUUCUCCAAGUGUAUUCAAACUGGCCCAUCCAAUGUUUGUAUUUCACUUCUAUGUUUUGACUCUAAAUCAAACCCUGUUUUGGAAUAUUCACACUGAAUGCGCUAUUCGAAUUGUUCCUGAGAUUUCAAUAUGUUGGUGUUAAUACAGAAUACAGAAUAUUAUCCUUGAACCGGUAACGUGCACAAA